AAAAGGAGGGAAAUAAAAGGAGAAAAAGGAAAAUGCUGCUUCAGGUGUAGAAGUGGUAGGUUUUUGUGAGUGAUGAUUAUGAAUUUUUGAUAAUAAACACAUUUGUAAUUAUAGCAGUACCCACCCUUAUAACCCCACUCCAUUCUUUUUGCAAGUUUCAGCCUUUUCAUCAUCAAAUCCUUUUUCUCUUCUCUUUUCAUUCAAAUUCUUCUAAAAAUCCCAGAAAAAAAAAAAAAAAAAGAAGAGGAGAGAAGAAGAAAAUUGCUUUCUUGAAGAAGCUGGAAGUUAGCAGUGGUGAGGAACUUCACUUUUAAAUCAAGAAAUGAAAAGGGGUGUUUUAGUUUUGGUGUUCUUGGCAGCUUUAGCAAGAGCCCUUUUGUGGGAUUGCUCUCUUGCUCUUACUCCAGAUGGUCUUACAUUGUUGGAAGUGAAAACUAGUCUGAAUGACAGUAAGAACAUUCUGAGUAACUGGAAAGAUACUGAUGAAUCUCCAUGUCAGUGGACUGGUAUUUCUUGCAGCCCAGAAGACCAAAGAGUUAUAUCUAUAAAUCUACCAUACAUGCAGCUUGGAGGAAUUAUAUCCCCUAACAUUUGUAAACUCAGUAGAUUACAAAGACUGGCGCUUCACCAGAAUAGUCUUCAUGGUUACAUUCCUAAUGAGAUUGCAAAAUGUUCUGAACUUAGAGCACUGUACCUUCGAGCUAACUAUUUUCAAGGAGGCAUACCUUCUACGAUCGGGAACCUUUCUUCAUUGACUAUAUUGGAUUUAUCAAGCAAUACACUGAAAGGUGCUAUACCUUCUUCUCUUGGUCGUUUAACACGUCUGGCAUAUCUAAAUUUGUCUACCAACUUCUUGUCUGGUGAAAUACCGGAUGUUGGAGUACUGAGCAAAUUUGGUAACAAGUCGUUUAUUGGUAAUCUAGAUCUUUGUGGCCAACAAGUGAACAAGCCCUGCCGAACCUCACUUGGUUUCCCUGCUGUGUUGCCUCACGCUGAAAGUGAUGAAGCAACAGGUAUUGCUUUGCAUAAGCGACCCUCCCACUAUGUCAAAGGGCUAGUGAUUGGAGCAGUGUCCAUGCUAGGGUUUGCUGUUAUUUUGCUUCUUGGUUUUGUCUGGAUUUGGUUCCUGACUAAGAAGGAAAGGGCUGCUAAGAGAUACACAGAAGUCAAGAAACAAGUUCAUCAAGAACCAAGAGCCAAGCUUAUCACGUUCCAUGGCGAUCUUCCAUACCCUUCUUGUGAACUUGUGGAAAAGAUUGAGUCUCUUGAUGAGGAAGAUGUAGUUGGCGCUGGAGGAUUCGGUACCGUAUAUAGAAUGGUUAUGAAUGAUUGCGGAACUUUUGCUGUCAAGAAAAUCGACCGGACAAGGGAAGGUUCUGAUCAAGUAUUUGAGAGAGAGCUUGAAAUCUUGGGUAGCAUCAAACAUAUAAAUCUAGUAAACUUAAGAGGUUACUGUAGGCUUCCUACGGCAAAGCUUCUUAUCUAUGAUUACUUAGCCAUGGGCAGCUUGGAUGAUUUCUUGCAUGGUGAGGUGUCCGAAGACCGUGUUCUGAAUUGGAAUGCCCGUUUAAGAAUAGCCAUUGGUUCUGCUAGGGGAUUAGCUUACCUACACCAUGACUGCUCUCCAAAGAUAGUUCAUCGUGAUAUAAAAUCUAGCAACAUACUCCUUGAUGAAAACCUUGAGCCUCAUGUUUCAGACUUUGGACUUGCCAAACUAUUGGUCGAUGAGGAUGCUCAUGUCACAACUGUGGUUGCAGGCACAUUCGGCUACUUGGCUCCAGAGUACUUGCAGAGUGGAAGAGCCACGGAGAAGUCCGAUGUCUAUAGCUUUGGUGUCCUACUUUUAGAACUCGUAACUGGAAAAAGACCCACCGAUCCAUCUUUUGUGAAGAGGGGAUUAAAUGUUGUCGGCUGGAUGAACACACUUCUGAGGGAGAACCGACUGGAGGAUGUUGUGGAUAAACGGUGCACAGAUGCAGAAGGGGAGACUGUAGAAGUUCUCAUAGAAAUUGCAGCAAGAUGCACUGAUGCAAACCCAGACGACCGGCCAUCAAUGCAGCAGGUGUUGCAGUUCUUGGAGCAAGAGGUCAUGUCCCCUUGCCUCAGUGAGUUCUACGAGUCUCAUUCGGAUAAAUCUUGAUUGUUUGAUACUCGUAAAAUGAUUGUUGAAUCUCAUGUCUCAUGGGCUGAGCUGUAUCGUAGCCGGUAAAUAUCCACUGACUUGUGGGUAUUAUGAUUCUCGACCGUGUCUGCGGGACUGUAAAAUCGUGUUCAGGCAGUUCUGAAUGUGCAUUUUUCUCUUGCACUGUUCUUGUAGAUUAUUAGCUUCUGUAUCUAUCUAUCAGCUGUUUGGUUGCCAACAAGUUACUUGCAAUUAUUUCAUGGAGGAAAAAUACGUGAAAUCAUGGAUGGUUGAGGUGAGAUUGUUGUUAUUACAUGAGGAAAAGUACCAAUUCAGGCUGUUGUCA